AUGAAAACUAAUAUAAACAGCAUAUUUACCACAGGGUUUGAAGCUGAAUCGUUAUCCUAUGAUUACAGUGCCAGCAUUGAAUGUUUAGCACAUCCAGAAAAGCCUCUAUAUAAUGGAGGAAUCAUUCAAAAUCCACAACUCAAUGAUGGAUUACAAGGUUGGACAACGUUUGGGGAAGCAAAGAUUGAACAUCGAGAAUCAUUAGGCAACAAAUUUUUGGUAGCGCAUAGCAGAAAACAACCGUAUGAUAGUGUCUCCCAGAAGAUUUAUCUAAGAAAGGGAUUACACUAUACUUUAUCUGCUUGGAUUCGAACGACGGAGGAAAAUGUUGCGGUAACAGCAUUGGUGAAAACAAGUAAAGCAUAUAAGUUUGGUGGUGCAAUUUAUGCUCAUUCUAAUUGUUGGUCUAUGCUUAAGGGUGGUCUUAUAGCAGAUGCAACAGAAGAAGCUCACCUCUAUUUUGAGAGCAAUAAGACUUCAGUCGAAAUUUGGAUAGACAAUAUUUCCUUGCAACCAUUCACGAAAAAGCAAUGGAUGUCUCACCAACGUCAAAGUAUUGAAAAGGCUCGCAAGAGGAAAGUGGAAAUCGAAGUGGUUGAUGAACAAGGAAACCCUUUAUCAAAUGCAAGUAUAUCUGUUACAUUGAAUAGAGGAGGUUUUCCAUUUGGAUGUUCAAUGAACAAAAACAUCCUCAACAAUAAAGGAUACCAAGAUUGGUUUGCAUCUAGGUUUACCGUUACCACAUUUGAAAACGAAAUGAAGUGGUACACAAAUGAAUAUGAACAAGGUAAGGAAAACUACAACGAUGUCGAUGGAAUGGUACAAUUUGCAAAAAAUCACAACAUUGAUGUCCGAGGCCACAAUAUAAUUUGGGACGAUCCUAAAUACCAACCGAAAUUUGUAUAUUCACUCCCACAAAACCAGCUUUACCCUGCAGUUAGUAAGAGGGUAAAUUCCAUUGUUCAAAGAUACAAGGGUCAAGUUAUUGGUUGGGAUGUUGUUAACGAAAAUAUGCAUUUCUCAUACUUUGAAAAUAAACUUGGGAAUGAUUUCACACCCAAGAUAUUUAGUCAGGUUCACGACAUCGAUCCACCAACCACAUUGUUCUUGAAUGAAUACAAUACUAUUGAGGAUAGUAGAGAUGGUGCAUCAAGUCCACCGAAAUAUCUCCAGAAGAUAAAAGAGAUUCAAGGCUAUAACAAGAAUAUACCUCUUGGAAUCGGACUCGAGGCUCAUUUCCCUAACGGUUCGCCUAAUUUGCCUUACAUGAGAGCUUCCAUUGAUGCUCUUGCUGCCACUGGUUUACCAAUAUGGAUAACUGAAAUAGAUGUUGAAAGCCAAAAUAAUCAGGUAGGGUACUUUGAGCAAGUUCUUAGAGAGGCACACUCUCAUCCAAUGGUUAAGGGUAUUGUAACAUGGACAGGUUGGAAUCCACAAGGUUGUUAUAAAAUGUGUUUGGUUGAUAACAAUUUUAAUAAUUUGCCUGCUGGUGAUGUGGUGGAUAAACUACUUAGAGAAUGGGGGAAUACAAAACUAACAACGAGAACUGACCAAAAUGGAUUCUUCGAAACCUCUCUAUUUCAUGGUAACUAUGAGUUGGAAAUAACUCACCCUACUAAAAAGAAUUACACUUUGACUCAUAAAGUACAUGUGCAUUCAAAAGAUGAGUCCAAGAAAACAAGACAACUUAUAAAACUUUCUAUUUAG